GGCUCUCGGAGACCGGAAGUCACAGAGGUACUAUUUCCUGUCUGUGCUAGUUGCGCACAUUUAUUCUCUGUGAGAGGUGCAGACUCUUGUCUGCUCUACCCCAUCGUAACCCUGUCACUCCCGGCGGGAACCAUGGCCUUCGUGCCGACCCCUAGCCCAACGGUGGUGGACCAGACCACCCUCAUGAAGAAGUACCUGCAGUUCGUGGCAGCCCUCACAGACAACAACACUCCUGAUGAAACAAAGUUGAAGAUGAUGCAGGAGGUCAGUGAGAACUUUGAGAAUGUGACAUCAUCGCCACAGUACUCCACCUUCCUGGAACACAUCAUCCCUCGCUUCCUUACCUUCCUCCAGGACGGAGAGGUGCAGUUCCUGCAGGAGAAGCCCACACAGCAACUGAGGAAGCUGGUGCUGGAGAUCAUCCACCGGAUCCCAACUAAUGAACACCUGAGACCUCACACCAAGAACAUUCUGUCUGUCAUGUUUCGCUUCCUGGAGAUUGAGAGCGAGGAGAACGUGCUGAUAUGCCUGCGUAUUAUCAUUGAACUGCACAAACAGUUCCGUCCACAGAUCUCUCAAGAGAUCCAUCACUUUCUGGACUUUGUGAAGCAGAUCUAUAAGGAGCUGCCUAAAGUAGUGGCUCGGUACUUUGAGAAUCCCCAGGUGAUAGCUGAGAACACUGUGCCUUCUCCUGAGAUGGUGGGCAUGAUCACCUCGGUGUUGGUGAAGACCGCCCCCGAGAGGGAGGACAGUGAAACACGCACACACACCAUCAUCCCACGGGGGUCCCUGUCCCUGAAGGUGCUCGCUGAGCUGCCUAUCAUAGUGGUGCUCAUGUACCAGCUGUAUAAACUGAACAUCCAUAACGUGGUAUCUGAGUUUGUCCCCCUCAUCAUGAACACUAUCAUGCUUCAGGUUUCUCCCCAGGCCAGGCAACACAAGCUGUAUAACAAGGAGCUGUAUGCUGACUUUAUCGCUGCUCAGAUCAAGACCCUGUCCUUCCUGGCCUACAUCAUCCGCAUUUACCAAGACCUGGUAGGGAAGUACUCCCAGCAGAUGGUAAAGGGCAUGCUGCAGCUGCUCACCAACUGUCCCUCUGAGACAGCCCAUCUACGCAAGGAACUGCUCAUCGCUGCCAAACACAUCCUCACCACAGACCUGCGCAGCCAGUUCAUCCCUUGCAUGGACAAACUUUUUGAUGAGUCCAUAUUGAUCGGGUCUGGCUACACAGCCCGGGAGACACUGAGACCACUGGCCUACAGCACGCUGGCAGACCUGGUGCACCACGUGCGUCAGAACCUGCCUCUCACAGACCUGUCUCUGGCCGUGCAGCUGUUUGCCAAGAACAUAGAUGACGAGUCUCUCCCCAGCAGCAUCCAGACCAUGUCCUGCAAACUGCUGCUUAACCUGGUCGACUGCAUCCGCUCCAAGAGUGAACAGGAGAACGGCAACGGCCGGGACAUACUGAUGAGAAUGCUGGAAGUGUUUGUGCUGAAGUUCCACACCAUCGCUCGCUACCAGCUCGCCACCAUCUUCAAGAAGUGCAAGCCCCAGUCAGAGAUGGGCGUGGUCGAACCACAGGGGGCGCUACCCGGGGUCCCCACAACUCCUGCCCUCCCAGCCACCCCUGUCCUCCCUGCCCUGCCUCCUCUUGCGCCCCCUAACCCUGUCACCCCCGCACCUCCCGCCCCCGCCACCCCCUUCGACCGGCUGGGAGAGAAGGAGGACAAGCAGACAUUCCAGGUGUCGGACUGUCGCAGCCUGGUGAAGACGCUGGUCUGUGGGGUGAAGACCAUCACCUGGGGAAUCACUUCCUGCAAGGCUCCUGGAGAGGCCCAGUUCAUUCCUAACAAGCAGCUUCAGCCCAAGGAGACUCAGAUCUACAUCAAGCUGGUGAAAUACGCCAUGCAGGCCUUGGACAUCUACCAGGUACAGAUUGCCAACAACCAGCAGACGUACAUCAGAGUGGCCAACUGUCAGACGGUGCGUAUGAAGGAGGAGAAGGAGGUGCUGGAGCACUUUGCUGGGGUCUUCACGAUGAUGAACCCCCUCACCUUCAAGGAGAUCUUCCAGACCACAGUCCCCUACAUGGUGGAGAGGAUCUCCAAGAACUACGCCUUGCAGAUCGUGGCUAACUCGUUCCUUGCUAACCUGUCGACGUCAGUCCUGUUUGCCACCAUCCUGGUGGAGUACCUUCUGGAGAGACUACCUGAGAUGGGCUCCAACGUAGAGCUGUCCAACCUCUACCUCAAGCUAUUCAAACUGGUCUUCGGCUCUGUCUCGCUGUUCGCUGCUGAGAACGAGCAGAUGCUCAAGCCUCACCUCCACAAGAUAGUGAACAGCUCCAUGGAACUGGCCCAGUCUGCUAAGGAACCAUACAACUACUUCCUGCUUCUCAGGGCUCUCUUCCGUUCCAUUGGUGGAGGCAGCCAUGACCUGCUUUACCAGGAGUUCCUGCCCCUACUACCCAACCUGCUGCAGGGCCUCAACAUGCUCCAGAGUGGUCUCCAUAAGCAGCACAUGAAGGAUCUGUUUGUGGAGCUGUGUCUGACGGUGCCUGUGAGGCUGAGCUCCCUGCUGCCCUACCUGCCCAUGCUGAUGGACCCGCUGGUCUCUGCUCUGAAUGGCUCCCAGACGCUGGUCAGCCAGGGCCUCCGCACCCUGGAGCUCUGUGUGGACAACCUGCAGCCAGACUUCCUCUACGAUCAUAUACAGCCCGUCAGAGCAGAGCUUAUGCAGGCGUUGUGGCGGACGCUGCGUAACCCAGCGGAGACCAUCAGCCAUGUUGCGUACCGAGUGCUGGGGAAGUUUGGCGGCAGCAACAGGAAGAUGCUGAAGGAAUCCCAGAGACUACAGUACGUGGUGACUGAGGUCCAGGGACCCAGCAUCAAGGCAGAGUUCACUGACUGCAAGGCCUCUAUACAGCUGCCCAUGGAGAAGGCUAUAGAGACGGCUCUGGAUUGUCUAAAGAGUGCCAACACGGAGCCGUACUACAGACGACAGGCCUGGGAGGUCAUCAAGUGUUUCCUGGUUGCCAUGACAAGCCUGGACGACAACAAACACGCCCUGUACCAGCUACUUGCUCACCCCAAUUUCACAGAGAAGUGGAUCCCUAGUGUGAUCAUCUCCCACCGCUACAAGGCCCAGGACACGCCGGCCCGCAGGACUUUUGAACAGGCACUGACCGGUGCAUUCAUGUCUGCUGUCAUUAAGGACCUCCGCCCCAGCGCUCUGCCCUUUGUGGCCAGCCUCAUCAGACACUACACCAUGGUGGCUGUUGCUCAGCAGUGUGGUCCGUUCUUGCUGCAGUGCUACCAGUUGGGCAGCCAGCCCAACACAGCUAUGUUCCACAGUGAGGAGAACGGUUCUAAGGGCAUGGAUCCGCUGGUUCUGAUCGACGCCAUCGCCAUCUGCAUGGCCUACGAGGAAAAGGAGCUGUGUAAAAUAGGAGAGGUGGCUCUGGCUGUUAUCUUCGACGUAGCCUCCAUCAUCCUGGGGUCCAAGGAGAGGGCGUGCCAGCUGCCUCUGUUCUCCUACAUCGUGGAGCGUCUGUGUGCAUGCUGCUAUGAGCAGGCCUGGUACGCCAAGCUGGGCGGGGUGGUGUCCAUUAAGUUCCUGAUGGAGAGACUACCUCUCAUCUGGGUCUUGCAGAACCAACUCACCUUCCUCAAGGCUCUGCUCUUUGUCAUGAUGGACCUCACUGGGGAGGUGUCUAAUGGUGCAGUAGCCAUGGCCAAGACCACUCUGGAGCAGCUCCUGGUUCGUUGUGCCACCCCUCUGAAGGAUGAGGAGAAGACUGAGGAGCUGCUGGCUGCUCAGGACAAGUCCUUCCACAUGGUCACCCAUGACCUGGUGAGAGAGGUCACCUCCCCCAACUCCACAGUCAGGAAGCAGGCCAUGCACUCCCUGCAGGUGCUAGCUCAGGUCACCGGGAAGAGUGUCACCAUCAUCAUGGAGCCGCACAAAGAGGUGUUACAGGACAUGAUCCCCCCUAAGAAACACCUGCUGCGUCACCAGCCGGCCAAUGCCCAGAUCGGCCUGAUGGAGGGCAAUACCUUCUGCACUACCCUGCAGCCACGCCUCUUUACCAUGGACCUCAACGUCAUGGAGCACAAGGUCUUCUACACAGAGCUGUUGAACCUGUGUGAGGCUGAGGACGCUGCUCUGAUGAAACUGCCCUGCUAUAAGAGCCUGCCCUCUCUGGUUCCCCUGCGCAUCGCUGCCCUUAAUGCCCUGGCAGCUUGUAACUACCUGCCUCAGUCCAGAGAGAAGAUCAUUGCUGCACUUUUCAAAGCCCUCAACUCUACCAACUCUGAACUGCAGGAGGCAGGAGAGGCCUGUAUGAGGAAGUUCCUGGAAGGGGCCACCAUCGAGGUGGACCAGAUCCACACCCACAUGCGCCCUCUGUUGAUGAUGCUGGGGGACUACCGCAGUCUGACCCUCAACGUGGUCAACCGCCUCACCUCGGUCACACGCCUCUUCCCCAACUCCUUCAACGACAAGUUCUGUGACCAGAUGAUGCAACACCUUAGGAAGUGGAUGGAGGUGGUAGUCAUAACUCACAAGGGAGGCCAGCGCAGCGAUGGCAGUCCUGCAUUGGAGGGCGUUGAGGAGAUGAAGAUAUGUUCGGCCAUUAUCAACCUGUUCCACCUGAUCCCAGCAGCUCCUCAGACUCUGGUCAAACCUCUGCUGGAAGUGGUCAUGAAGACCGAGCGGGCCAUGCUUAUAGAGGCUGGCAGUCCGUUCAGGGAGCCCCUGAUCAAGUUCCUGACGCGUCACCCGUCCCAGACCGUAGAGCUGUUCAUGAUGGAGGCCACACUCAAUGACCCACAGUGGAGCCGCAUGUUCAUGAGUUUCCUGAAGCAUAAAGAAGCCAAGCCCCUGAGGGACGUGCUAGCCUCCAACCCGAGCCGCUUCGCCCCCCUGCUGGUCCCUGCUGGUACCGCAGCCACCGCUAGACCUGGGUCCCCCUCCACCAACACAGCCCGGCUUGACCUGCAGUUCCAGGCCAUCAAGAUUAUCAGCAUCAUAGUGAAGAAUGAGGAGGGCUGGUUGGCGGGCCAGCACUCUCUGGUCAGCCAGCUUAGACGGGUCUGGGUCAGCGAGGCCUUCCAGGAACGACACCGCAAAGACAACAUGGCCGCCAUCAACUGGAAGGAGCCCAAGCUGCUGGCCUACUGCCUGCUCAGCUACUGCAAACGAAACUUCAAUGAGAUCGAGCUGCUGUUCCAGCUGCUGAGGGCGUUCACGGGUCGUUUCCUGUGCAACAUGACCUUCCUAAAGGACUACAUGGAGGAGGAGAUCCCUAAGAACUACAGCAUCGCUCACAAACGGGCCCUCUUCUUCCGCUUCGUAGAGUUCAACGACCCACACUUCAACGAUGAGCUCAAAGCCAAGGUGUUGCAGCACAUCCUGAAUCCAGCGUUCCUGUACAGCUUUGAGAAGGGGGAGGGGGAGCAGCUUCUGGGACCGCCCAACCCAGAGGGAGAUAACUCCGAGAGCAUCACCAGCGUCUUCAUCACCAAGGUCCUGGAUCCAGAAAAGCAGGCAGACCUCCUAGAUUCCCUCCGUAUCUACCUGCUCCAGUUCUCUACUCUCCUGGUGGAGCAUGCCCCCCACCACAUCCACGACAACAACAAGUCCCGGAACAGCAAGCUGCGGCGCCUCAUGACCUUCGCCUGGCCAUGCCUGCUGCCCAAGGCCUGUGUUGACCCUGCCUGCAAGUACAGCGGCCACCUGCUCCUGGCACACAUCAUCGCCAAGUUCGCCAUCCACAAGAAGAUCGUACUGCAGGUGUUCCAUAGCCUGCUGAAGGCCCACACUAUGGAGGCCAGGGCUAUCGUCCGCCAGGCUAUGGCCAUCUUGACCCCGGCCGUGCCAGCCCGCAUGGAGGACGGACACCAGAUGCUGACCCACUGGACACGCAAGAUCAUCGUGGAGGAGGGACACACCGUCCCUCAACUGGUCCAUAUACUGCACCUUAUCGUCCAGCACUUCAGAGUGUACUACCCGGUGCGUCACCACCUGGUGCAGCACAUGAUCAGUGCCAUGCAGCGUCUGGGCUUCACCCCCAGUGUGACUAUUGAACAGAGGAAGCUGGCUGUGGACCUGGCUGAGGUUGUCAUCAAGUGGGAACUACAGAGGAUCAAAGACGCACUGCCGGAGGCGGAGGGGGCCGACCCAGGUAGUAGUGGAGAGGGGACCAGUGCAGGCGGUACUGGGGGGGUGAAGAGAGGCCUCUCCAUGGACUCUGCUGCCGGACAGGACGUCAAGAGGUUCCGUACUGCCACUGGAGCUGUCGCCGCGGUAACACCGCCCAGCACAAGUGUGUUUGGCCGCAGUACAUCCAUGCCGGUAACAGAGACUCUCCUCACCAAGCCAGUGGAGAAACAACACACAGACACCGUGGUCAACUUCCUCAUCCGCAUCGCCUGCCAGGUCAAUGACAGUGCCAACGUGGCGGGGUCUCCAGGUGAGCUCCUUUCCCGUCGCUGUGUAAGCCUGAUGAAGACUGCCCUCCGCCCUGACAUGUGGCCCAGAGCUGAGCUCAAACUACAGUGGUUUGACAAACUCCUCAUGACUGUGGAGCAGCCAGCCCAGGCUAACUUCUCUAACAUCUGUACUGGCCUGGAGAUCCUGUGCUUCCUGCUGACGGUACUCCAGUCCCCAGCCAUCCUUACCCACUUCAAGCCCCUCCAGAGGGGCAUUGCUGCCUGCAUGACCUGCGGCAACACCAAAGUCCUGCGGGCCGUCCACUCCCUGCUAUCCAGACUGAUGAGCGUAUUCCCCACCGAGCCCAGCACGUCAACUGUGGCGUCUAAGUAUGAGGAGUUGGAGUGUCUGUAUGCAGCGGUGGGGAAAGUAAUCUACGAGGGCCUCACCAACUAUGAAAAAGCCACCAGUAGUGCUAACCCAACACAGCUGUUUGGUACGUUGAUGAUUCUGAAGUCGGCUUGUAGUUACAACUCCAGCUACAUUGACAGGCUCAUCUCUGUGUUCAUGCGCUCGCUGCAGAAGAUGGUCCGAGAACACCUCAGUCCCCAGCAAGCCACUCCCGGGCCCACCGAGGCCAGCACAGAGCGCACAGGAGGGAGAGGGAGUGAAAGUGGCUCGCUCAUCACAGCAGCCGCCAGCGAAACAGGCCCACCAGUCCCAGGUCUCCCAGUAGACGUGUUACCCAGCGCCAGCAGCCCAGUGACUAGCGAACUAGUGAUGCUGUCUCUGGACCUGGUGAAGAGUCGUCUGUCUGUCAUGUCCAUUGAGAUGAGGAAGAACUUCAUCCAAGUCAUCCUCACGUCGCUCAUCGAGAAGUCGCCUGACGCCAAGAUCCUCCGCGCCAUCGUCAAGAUCGUGGAGGAGUGGGUUAAGAACAACUCCCCCAUGGCAGCAAACCAGAUGCCCAAUCUUCGUGAGAAGUCCAUUCUGCUGGUGAAGAUGAUGACCUAUAUAGAGAAGCGUUUCCCUGAUGACCUUGAGUUAAACGCCCAAUUUCUGGACCUCGUUAAUUACGUUUACAGGGACGAGAGUCUCUCAGGAAGUGACAUCACGUCGAAGUUGGAGCCGGCCUUUCUGUCGGGUCUGCGUUGCGCCCAGCCUCUGAUCAGGGCUAAGUUCUUUGAGGUGUUUGACCUCUCCAUGAAGAGACGUGUCUACGAGAGGCUACUCUACAUCUGCUGCUCUCAGAACUGGGAGGCCAUGAGCAGCCACUUCUGGAUCAAACAAUGCAUAGAGCUGCUGCUGGCGGUGUGUGAGCGUAACAGCAUCAUCGGGACCAGCUGCCAGGGCUCCAUGCUCCCAUCCAUCACAAACGUCAUCAAUCUGGCCGACAGCCACGACCGUGCCGCCUUCGCCAUGGCAACCCACAUCAAGCAAGAGCCCAGAGAGAGGGAGAACAGCGAGACCAAGGAGGAGGAUGUGGAGAUCGACAUAGAGCUAGCCCCAGGGGACCAGACAGCCAUCCCCAAGAACAAGGAGCAGGCAGAGAAAGACACAGGCAACCAGCUGCACAUGCUCACCAACCGCCACGACAAGUUCCUCGAUUCCCUUAGAGAGGUCAAGACGGGGGCGCUGCUGAACGCCCUGGUCCAGCUGUGUCACAUCUCCACCCCCUUGGCUGAGAAGACCUGGGUACAGCUGUUCCCUCGACUGUGGAAGAUCCUCUCUGACCGACAGCAACACGCCCUGUCAGGUGAGAUGAGUCCUUUCCUGUGCAGUGGGAGCCACCAGGCUCAGAGGGACUGCCAGCCCAGUGCCCUCAACUGCUUCGUGGAGGCAAUGUCCCAGUGUGUGCCCCCUAUCCCCAUCAGGCCCUGUGUGUUGAAGUACCUGGGGAAGACUCACAAUCUGUGGCUGCGCUCCACUCUGAUGCUGGAACAGCAGGCCUUUGAGAAGGGCCUCAGCCUUCACAGCAAGCCCAAACAGAGCACCAACGAGUUCUACGAACAGGAGAGCAUCACUCCACCACAACAGGAGAUCCUGGACUCCCUGGCAGAGCUGUACUCUCUACUGCAGGAGGAGGACAUGUGGGCGGGGCUGUGGCAGAAACGCUGCAAGUUCCCAGAGACCUCCACGGCUAUUGCCUACGAGCAGCACGGCUUCUUCGAACAGGCCCAGGAGAGCUAUGAGAAGGCCAUGGAAAAAGCCAGGAAGGAACACGAGAGGAGCAACGCCUCUCCUGCCAUCUUACCGGAGUACCAACUCUGGGAGGACCACUGGAUACGCUGUUCUAAAGAGUUGAACCAGUGGGAGCCUCUGACAGAGUACGGCCAGUCGAAAGGCAACAGCAACCCCUACCUGGUACUGGAGUGUGCCUGGAGAGUCUCCAACUGGGGCGCCAUGAAGGAAGCGCUGGUACAGGUGGAGCUGAGUUGUCCUAAGGAGAUGGCGUGGAAGGUGAACAUGCACCGUGGUUACCUGGCUAUCUGCCAUCCAGAGGAGCAGCAGCUCAACUUCAUAGAACGGCUGGUGGAGAUGGCCUCCAGUCUGGCCAUACGGGAGUGGAGGAGACUGCCUCACAUCGUGUCCCACGUACACACACCACUACUUCAGGCUGCCCAGCAGAUCAUUGAGCUCCAGGAGGCGGCCCAGAUCAACGCCGGAUUGCAGCCAGCUAACCUGGGCCGUAACACCAGCCUCCACGACAUGAAAACUGUGGUGAAGACCUGGAGGAACAGGCUGCCCAUCGUCUCUGACGACCUCUCCCACUGGAGCAGCAUCUUCAUGUGGCGGCAGCACCACUACCAGGCCAUCGUGACGGCGUAUGAGACCAACACGCAGCACGACCCCAACACCAGCAAUGCCAUGCUGGGGGUCCACGCCUCCGCCUCUGCCAUCAUCCAAUAUGGCAAGAUAGGACGCAAACAGGGUCUUGUGAACGUGUCUCUGGACAUCCUGAGUCGUAUCCACACCAUCCCCACGGUGCCCAUCAUAGACUGCUUCCAGAAGAUCCGCCAGCAGGUCAAAUGUUACCUGCAGCUGGCAGGGGUCAUGGGCAAGAACGAGUGUAUGCAGGGUCUGGAGGUGAUAGAGUCAACCAACCUGAAGUACUUCACCAAGGAGAUGACAGCUGAGUUCUACGCUCUCAAAGGCAUGUUCCUGGCUCAGAUCAACAAGUCAGAGGAGGCCAACAAGGCGUUCUCGGCAGCGGUCCAGAUGCAUGAUGUCCUGGUGAAGGCCUGGGCCAUGUGGGGGGACUACCUGGAGAACAUCUUCGUUAAGGAGCGCCAGCUGCACCUGGGUGUCUCCGCCCUCACUUGCUACUUGCACGCCUGCCGACAUCAGAACGAGAGCAAGUCACGGAAGUACCUGGCCAAGGUGCUGUGGCUGCUGAGCUUUGAUGACAAGAACACCCUGGCGGAUGCUGUGGACAAGUACUGCAUCGGGGUGCCGCCCAUCCAGUGGUUGGCAUGGAUACCACAGCUCCUGACCUGCCUGGUGGGGUCAGAGGGCAAACCCCUGCUCAACCUCAUCAGCCAGGUGGGACGAGUGUACCCCCAGGCAGUCUACUUCCCCAUCCGCACCCUCUACCUGACGCUCAAGAUCGAGCAGAGGGAACGCUACAAGAGCGACUCGGGCCAGCAGCAGCCCAGUUCGGUGGGGGCCCAGACCCACUCGGCGUCUGACCCGGGCCCCAUCAGGGCCACGGCCCCUAUGUGGCGCUGCAGCAGGAUCAUGCACAUGCAGCGAGAGCUGCACCCCACCCUGCUCUCCUCUCUGGAGGGCAUUGUGGACCAGAUGGUCUGGUUCAGAGAGAACUGGCACGAAGAGGUCCUGAGACAGCUCCAGCAGGGUCUGUUUAAGUGCUACUCGGUGGCGUUCGAGAAGAGCGGUGCCGUGUCGGACGCCAAGAUCACGCCGCACACGCUGAACUUCGUCAAGAAGCUGGUGAGCACUUUUGGCGUGGGGCUGGAGAACGUCUCCAACGUUUCCACCAUGUUCUCCAGCGCGGCGUCUGAGUCGCUCGCCCGCCGAGCCCAGGCCACCGCUCAGGACCCGGUCUUCCAGAAGAUGAAGGGACAGUUCACCACAGACUUUGACUUCAGCGUGCCUGGCUCCAUGAAGCUCCACAACCUCAUCUCUAAGCUCAAGAAGUGGAUCAAGAUCCUGGAGGCCAAGACCAAGCAGCUGCCCAAGUUCUUCCUGAUCGAGGAGAAGUGUCGCUUCCUUAGCAACUUCUCAGCCCAGACCGCCGAGGUGGAGAUCCCUGGGGAGUUCCUCAUGCCCAAACCCACACACUAUUACAUCAAGAUCGCACGGUUCAUGCCCAGAGUGGAGAUAGUCCAGAAACACAACACGGCAGCACGACGUCUCUACAUCAGAGGUCACAAUGGGAAGAUCUACCCCUACCUGGUGAUGAACGAUGCCUGUCUGACUGAGUCCCGCAGGGAGGAGAGGGUCCUGCAGCUACUGAGGCUGCUCAACCCCUGUCUGGAGAAGAGGAAGGAGACCACCAAGAGACACCUCUUCUUUACUGUCCCCAGGGUGGUAGCUGUGUCUCCUCAGAUGCGUCUGGUAGAGGACAACCCAUCAUCUCUGUCUCUGGUGGAGAUCUAUAAGCAACGCUGUGCCAAGAAAGGCAUUGAGCACGACAACCCCAUCUCACGCUACUACGACCGCCUGGCUACUGUACAGGCUAGAGGCACACAGGCCAGCCACCAGGUGCUGCGUGACAUUCUGAAGGAGGUGCAGGGGAACAUGGUACCUCGCAGCAUGCUGAGGGAGUGGGCGUUACACACCUUCCCCAACGCUACAGACUACUGGACCUUCAGAAAGAUGUUCACCAUCCAGCUGUCUCUCAUCGGCCUGGCUGAAUUCAUGUUACACCUCAACCGCCUCAACCCUGAGAUGCUGCAAAUAGCACAGGACACGGGGAAGCUGAAUGUGUCUUACUUCCGCUUCGACAUCAACGAUGCCACUGGUGAUCUGGACGCCAACCGGCCCGUGCCCUUCCGUCUGACGCCCAACAUCUCAGAGUUCCUGACCACCAUCGGCGUCUCUGGCCCCCUCACCGCCUCCAUGAUCGCUGUGGCACGCUGCUUUGCUCAACCAAACUUCAAGGUGGACGGCAUCCUGAAGGCGGUGCUCCGUGACGAGAUCAUCGCGUGGCACAAGAAGACCCAGGAGGACACGUCCAUGCCCCUGUCCCCAGCAGGCCAGCCUGAGAACAUGGACUCCCAGCAGCUAGUGUCCCUGGUGCAGAAGGCUGUGACGGCCAUCAUGACCAGGCUCCACAACCUGGCCCAGUUCGAGGGAGGGGAGUCAAAGGUCAACACCCUGGUGGCUGCUGCCAACAGCCUGGACAACCUCUGUCGCAUGGACCCUGCCUGGCACCCCUGGCUAUAAGGGGGGAGAGGAGAUGCCUGGCAGCCCUGGUUGUGAGGGGGGGAAAGAUUAAGAAGACAAUGGACAUGAUAAAACCUAUGAAAUGAGGGGGUUCUAAUGCACAUUAUAAACAGAGUGGUUUGAACCCUGGAUGCUGAUUGACAGACAGCCGUGGUAUAUCAGACCUUAUACCACGGGUAUGACAAAAUAUUUAUUUUUACUGCCCUAAUUAUGUUGGUGACCAGUUUAUAAUAGUAAUAAGGCACCUCCGUCCGGGGGUUGGUGGCGUAUGUCCAAUAUACUGAACCGGGGCUACGGGCUGUAUCCAAGCACGCCUCGUUGCGUCACGCCUAAGAACUGCCCUAGCUGUGGUAUUUUGGCCAUAUACCACACCCCCUCGGGCCUUAUUGCUUAUGCUGCUCACACAACCAUAAGAUGUCAUCAUUGGCCACUGAAUAGCGUGACAGGCGCCUUUCACUAUUGAGCCACAGAAAAGAGGAAAUCAUAAGAUGUAAACUGGAAGUGAAGAAAAUGCUUUUGUCAUGUAGAAAUGGUUCUGUCAGGUAUUAUUUUUGAAGCGGGCUUCCUGGUCUCAAGUUGAAAGGAUGCAGCGAUUUACUGUAGCAAGCAAACAAAGCAAGGGAACGAUGUAGCGAAGUUGAGUGCUGCAGAACCAGCCAGUCAACCCAUGUUAUCAGGAAAUAGCCUGGUAAAACCAGUCUGGACACGUUCAGUCUUGUUUAACCAGGCUAAUCAGGAAACUCACUAUGAUGGAGAAACUAAGGCACUCGAACCAAACGUAGUCUGACACAUGUUUAUUCUGCAUCGCCUCUCUCUGUACUUGACUUACUGUGUGUUGUGUAUAUCAUCCCUCCAUGAAAAUGGAACAGUCCAGGGAGUAUUGGAGAAAGUACAGUACUGUUUUAUAAUGCUCGUUUUGUGUAGAGGUCAUAUGAUUUUCAGUUGACGUUGUAAUCGUCUCAACGAGUCUUUUCUAAGUUUACAAGUUGACUCCAGUGAAUCAACGCAAUGUAAAACAUAUUCUAAGCCCUUCUUUUUGAGUUUGUAUUAUUAUUUAAAUACCAAAUUAUGUGUUUGACAUUUUUUUAUAUAUCCCUAAAAAAUGUAGAAUAUAAUGCUCUUGUGAAUAAUUAUGCUGUGACAUUCCUUUUCACUGCCUGGAGUGUGUGUACUGUACAAUGUCCGAGCUACUCAAAAGCCAUUUUUACUUUAGGUUUUGUUCUAUUGCAGCUGUCAGAGGUCUAGAUGAGGAUAUUUUUUUUUUAAGCUGAUUGAAUUCCCUUUAGCACAACUGUCUUGCACUCAAGCGUUCAGGUUCAAGACUGUACUCCGUAAGCAGUAUCUAUACAUACAGCAUCUCUGUAGUAGCCUAUAUGAGCUACACUGACAUGUUUUUUUGUAUGCGUUAUCCCCCAUUUUUUGUAAAGGUACAGUGCUUUUCGACCAACUGAAGGAUUGUUACCUCCUGCCUUGUAAAUAUGCAUUUUAUAUGCUCUUUUAAA